CUCUUGAGAGUGAAUGGGGCGAGCGCUAAGCACACAGAGCACAUUCGAAGUGUGUGCGGCUUCCUCUGGCGGUGUGACGUGUGGUGUGACUUUACGAUACACUUCUGUUAUUUGUUCUUGUAGCCAUUGAAAUUAAGUAGGUGGCCCGAUGCCUCUUCCACCAGCUCUUCUGGCAAGAUUAAAGAAGCGCGGGAUUGUAAAAGCCAGCGAAGCCGAACCAUCGGCAGCUGAUCAGCCAGAGGAGGAGGUCAUUGCUGAAGACUAUGAUGACAUUAUUCGACCUGUGGGAGGUGGGGAGACACGUAUAGGCGGGCCCAUCCCAGGAUGUCCCAACAAGUGGAACUUGUACCAUGAAUGCAGUGCAUUCUGUCAAAAGCACUGGGGUGCUGGCAAGCUGAAGGAGUCGCCUCACACCGAGCGCAAGCGCUUGCGUAUGCUCCGAAAGUACCCACUGCCAGAGGGCUGGUGCGAGCUGUAUGAUCCUGGCACGGGCAGGCACUACUACUGGAGGGAAGGGAGCGAGGAUGUCACCUGGAUGCCACCUCGGCACCCAAGGACAAAAAUUUCAUUGCCAGCGGAGAAGCUCAGAGAACUCAUAUCGGAUGCAGAUGAUGGUCAGGAACUUGACAGUGCAGGCUCAGAAGAUGACAUGCUAGAUGAAGAUGAGGUUCCGCUUCCACCCCGGCGCUCUCGUGAAUCUGUGAGCUCUAAAGGAUCAUCGCAUGGCCGUUCGGAUCAUCGUGGUGACAGAUCACGCAGCAAUGACCUUGACCCAAUGGAUCCUGCUGCAUACUCGGAUGUUCCACGGGGGAAGUGGUCUACAGGCCUGGAGAAAAGCAACGAAGCCAAGACAGGUGCUGACACGACUGCAAGUGGGCCACUUUACCAAAUGCGCCCAUACCCUAGUCCUGGUGCUGUCCUUCGCCUAAACGCUGGCAACCGUCAGAAGCAAUCUGACGAUGAAGAGGACGAUGACUAGUUGGAACACUGUGAAUUUCUUUCUCCAUCACCUAGCUCAAUCGCAUUGAUUUCAUACAGAAAGCCCUUCAACAAGGCAUAAAUGUUCAUUUCCAAGUAACUGCA